AAAUUUCUAUGUCAGCAAUCUAACCGUAAAAUGUCAAAGUUCUGUUUUGGAAAACGUCAAAACAGUACAAAAUAUCAACAAAACAACUCAUCAAUUGCAGCGACAAUUGAUAAUGGAUAAUGAGAAUUCAUUGAUAUAUGGUUUGGAAUUUCAGGCCAGAGCACUAGCCCCAAUAUUAGCUGAAACAGAAAAACUGAAAUUUAUAAUAGGAACUCAGUCAUUGAAACAAUCUAACAAUCAAAUCCAUUUGGUGGAAUUCAAUGAAGAAGAGUCUGUAUUAAAACCCCAGUUAUUUCACCAUACAGAGGGUGAAGUAUGGAGAAUAACAUCCAGUGCUGUAGAUGCUUCUAAAAUUGCUGUUUGUUACAAUUCAAUCAUAGAUGAGAGUACUUGUGCUAUGAAGAGCCAUGUAUUGAAAUUGCCAGAAAACUAUGACUCUAAUAUAAUCGAUAACUUGGAAGUAUCCAAUAAACUGGACAUACCCAGCAACGAUGUUAAAACUACUGAAUUUCACCCCACCAAUGAAACUAGGGCUGCCUCUGUUACAGAGAAUAAAAUUUUAUUAUGGGAUCUUUCAGAUUUUAACGCUAGACCUAUAUCUGAGAUCCAGUUAGAAACUAAAAAUAAUCUGAAGUAUUCACUUGGUAAAUGGAAUCCCCAUCAAAAUUGUAAUCAAUUUUCAGCAUUAACAGAAACACAUUUGAAAACUUAUGAUGUAAGGACUGGUGAUAUAGCAUGGAGUAUUGAUUGUUGUCACAGGAUUUUUGUAAGAGAUAUUGAUUACAAUAUGAACAAGCAGUAUCACAUAGCUACUUGUGGUGAUGAUAGCUUUCUCAAAAUUUGGGAUUAUAGACAAACUGCCAAUCCAAUUUUCUCGAGAAGCGAUCAUACUCAUUGGAUCUGGUCAGUACGUUUCAACCCAUUCCAUGACCAACUAAUAUUAACUGCUAGUACAGAUGGGCGGGUGCUUCUCUCAAGUGCUGCAAGUGUCAGCUCGGAAAACGUAAUUGAAAGUUGUCUUACAGAAGAAAGCAACGAACUUGAAGCCAAACAGAUAUUAUCAGAUGGCCCCCUUCAAUGGUGUGAGCAUGAAGACAGCGUUUACUGUGCCGAAUGGUCACCAGCAGAGCCCUGGAUUUUUGCUUCGUUAAGUCAUGAUGGAAGAUUAUUGAUAACAAGGGUUAAGAAGUCUUUGAAAUAUCAAAUAAUGUUAUGAAUAUUAAACUGAAAUGUUUUAAAUAUGUCAAUAUAGAAAUAAAACAAUAAAGAUUCACUA